CCAUCUCUGGAGGGCCGGCGUGUGCGAGCUGGGACGUGCGGCGUCCGGGACACGCGGGCGCCUCAGUCUUCCCACCUUCCUACACUGUUGCUACUUCCCGAUGGGAGACAUUCCUGCGUCUCCCCCCCUUCCGUGAGUCCCUCUUUCCUCGCCCCGGCCGCCCGCUCGCCCCUCGGGCGGACGGCGCCGCAGAGCGAGCAGUGCGCGUGCGCGCGCGCGGGCGGACGCGGGCGCGCGGCCGUCGGGUCCCCGCGCUCCCUCCCCCCCCGCGCUCCCUCCCCCUCCCGCGCCUCUAUAACUUGGCUGGCGAGGAGGAGGCGCCCGCGGAGUCGGAGGGCGGGGAGCUCGGAGGAGGGAGCUCCAGAGUUGUAGAGACUAGUGACUGGGAGAAGUCGCAGCCGGCUCGGGUCGCGCCUUCCCGCUCCCCGUCUCCCUCGCACACACCACUCGCCUCCAGCCCGCGCCCGCGCCGCGGGUCGCCCGGGGGCCCCUGCCCGCGGCUGUCAGAGUCUCGGCGCGGCGGGGGCGCCCCGGGGGUGCCCUCGCCCUCCCGGUGAGGGCGGACGGGCGGCGGCGGGCGGGAUGUGGCGCCUGGUGCCCCCGAAGCUGGGCCGCCUGUCCCGCUCGCUGAAGCUGGCGGCGCUGGGCAGCCUGUUGGUGCUGAUGGUGCUGCACUCGCCGUCGCUGCUGGCCUCCUGGCAGCGCAACGAGCUGGCCGACCGCCGCUUCCUGCAGCUCAAUAAGUGCCCGGCGUGCUUCGGCACGAGCUGGUGCCGCCGCUUCCUCAACGGGCAGGUGGUGUUCGAGGCGUGGGGCCGCCUGCGCCUGCUGGACUUCCUCAACGUGAAGAACGUCUACUUCGCGCAGUACGGCGAGCCCCGCGAGGGCGGCCGCCGCCGCGUGGUGCUCAAGCGCCUGGGCUCGCAGCGCGAGCUGGCGCAGCUCGACCAGAGCAUCUGCAAGCGGGCCACCGGCCGGCCCCGCUGCGACCUGCUCCAGGCCAUGCCCCGCACCGAGUUCGCGCGUCUCAACGGCGACGUGCGGCUGCUCACGCCCGAGGCGGUGGAGGGCUGGUCCGACCUGGUGCACUGCCCCUCGCAGCGCCUGCUCGACCGCCUGGUGCGCCGCUACGCCGAGACCAAGGACUCCGGCAGCUUCCUGCUCCGCAACCUCAAGGACUCGGAGCGCAUGCAGCUCCUGCUGACGCUGGCCUUCAACCCCGAGCCGCUGGUGCUACAGAGUUUUCCAUCUGAUGAAGGUUGGCCAUUUGCAAAAUACCUUGGAGCUUGUGGAAGGAUGGUGGCUGUAAAUUAUGUUGGAGAAGAACUGUGGAGUUACUUUAAUGCACCAUGGGAGAAACGAGUUGACCUUGCUUGGCAAUUAAUGGAAAUAGCAGAACAGCUUACCAACAAUGACUUUGAAUUUGCACUCUACCUCCUGGAUGUCAGCUUUGACAAUUUUGCAGUUGGUCCUAGAGAUGGGAAGGUAAUCAUUGUGGAUGCUGAAAAUGUUUUGGUUGCUGACAAAAGGUUAAUUAGACAGAAUAAACCUGAAAAUUGGGAUGUAUGGUAUGAAAGCAAAUUUGAUGACUGUGAUAAGGAGGCUUGCUUGUCAUUUUCAAAAGAAAUUCUUUGUGCUCGUGCCACUGUGGACCACAAUUACUAUGCCGUUUGUCAGAACCUCUUAUCCAGGCAUGCCACCUGGCGUGGCACUUCUGGAGGACUCCUACAUGACCCACCAAGUGAAAUUGCCAAAGAUGGCCGCCUCGAGGCCUUGCUGGACGAGUGUGCCAACCCAAAGAAGCGCUAUGGCAGAUUCCAGGCUGCGAAAGAACUGCGUGAAUAUCUAGCACAAUUAAGUAACAACGUGAGGUAGUCUAUGAUGAACUUUUCUCCAUUUAGAUAGCACUGGCAAAAACUAAACCACCAAAAACUAUCUGGAAAAAUAAAGUUUAGAAGCAUUACAUUAAGAGGAUGAUAAACUUGCACUGAUAGAUUUUAUGUUAACAUCCAUCCAAAUAUAAGUAAGAUGUUACUUCAAAAUCACAGAAUGCUUCUACAAAACAGUUUAUUCUGACACUUUGGAGACUUGAGCUGUCAUUGACUGCUUUGCACCCCUUGAUUGCCUGGGUGGGUUAAAGAAUAUUGUUAAGCUAUUGGAAAUGAGUCUGAUAGUUACAUCAGCUUGUGUAUCAAAGGGUACUUGGUACUUGACAUUGUUUGCGUUACUAUCAUGAUUUUGUGAAUCUCUUGCAUUUUAUUUUGAAUGACAAUGUAGAUUGGCCUGUUUUAUAGGCCGCUUUUUCCUUCUGAUAUGUAGGGUUUGUUUCUCCCCCAUUUUUUAUGUUUUCUGUUAAUUUUUACACAUUCAGGUUAUUAUAGGUGUUUGCUUAAAUUUUGACUAGUUUUCCUUCAGUGCCAUGUGGUGCACAUUUACUAGGGCAGGAUUCCCAGGUUUAUUGUCAUUUUUUCAGAAAGCUAAAUAGUUGAUUAUGUAAAUACUUUUCUCCCUACCUUCUGUGGUUUCACCAUUGCAUGAGAUCAUUUAAGGUUAUUUAACAGUUACAUCCCCUUAUGCCAAUAAUAUAAGUGUAUACUAAACAGGAAGUUUGGCAUAUGUUGAAAAAAAUGAUUUUGUUCUUUAAAAGGCUUUAAGAAGAGUAUACUAGCAAUCUAAACCUUGAUGUUCAUUUUGGUUGAGAAAAAAAUAUAUAACCCAGUAUUUUUUAAAUGCUAACUAGUCCAAGAUAGUAAUGCAUAUGCCAAAGAAUAUUAGAUUUAAAAAUUGGUUACUUGCCUGUUCUUAGGAUCCCACUUCCACUACUUUAACUGUCAUUAUUAAAUUCAGAUCUUUUUCUUUUUAUGUUGAUAAAGUUAAGCUACUGCUUUCAAACAUAUAUAAUUUAAGGAUAAUCUUUCAUUCCUUGGUAGUUUUGCAGAAAUUAACAUGGUAGUCAUCCUUUAAGUUUAAUCAGGCAUCUUAAUAAAAUACUGAUGGACUAGUAAUUUUUACUGUAAAGCAGACAGUUCAGCCAGUCUGCCCAACUUGGCCUUCAUUACCCAAUGUUAAACAUCAAAUCAUCAAAUCUAAGUACGUGGAUAAAAAUUUCAACAAAUGUGUGGUAUUUGUGAACUAUUUAAACACUAUUACAAUAUAUAUAUAUUGUCUAUCACUAACACAGUGAUAUUUUUCUGUUUAAAAUUACUACUUUUGUUUACAGGAGAGUUUGGUAUAAUGUGCAGUAUUUAGUUCUAGAAUCACCUUCUAAAUCAAAACAGUAAUUAAAAUAUGCACAACCAAAGCCAUGGGUUUUUUUUUUUUCCCUUCAGCAACUAUUUAUUAAGCAUCAGUUCUUUGCCAGGUAAAUUACUAGCUGCUACCCACUGUCUGAAUAUGAUAUAUGACAUACGGUUAAGUAACUUUACAAUGAUUGUCAAAUACUUUAAUGUAUGUAUUUCUUAAGUUGAAGUAGCAUUUAUUAAAUUAGGAUGAUGCUUUCGUGUUAUUUUAUUGUGUUCAAAAUUCUACUUUUUGUACCGUCUAUAACUGAGUUGCUGCAAAAAGCAGGAUGAAAUCAAUAGUUAAUCCCAGUUUAAAAACUGGAAGAAGGGUAAGAGCUCUCCAUUAUAAAACAUUCUAUUAUGUUAAUUUUUAUUUGUCAGUAUAUUACAUAUAUCAACUAGCCCUUAAACAUUUGAGUGCUGGAAAUUUUAUUAGGCUGACUUUUUACAAUUCUGGAAAACUUUUGAGGGGAGUUGGUAAAAUUAUUUCUCAAACAUUCGCCUCUUACUCAGAACAUCAAAUAAAAUACUCAUUUUCAAAAUGGAGCACCUUUUAUAUUUAAUAAGUAUUCAUUAUAAACCUUAGAAUCCCAGUCACAGAGGGUUUGUCUUACUGUGGUUUAGCAAGCAUUUCUCUUACUUUUUUGGAAGACUGAUUGCGAUUGUAGAACUGGAAGUGAGAAAACACUGCCAGCAGUGAUUGCUACUUGAGGUAGUUUUUUUAUAACUACCAUUUCCCCCAUGAAAUUAAGUGGAAUUUCUUUCACCUUUGGAAAAGGAUGAGGAGAGGAUAGUAAAAGAAUUAGGAAUUUAAAAAUACAGGGAAAAUAUGUAUGUGAAAAGCAAUAAAUAUUUUGUUCACUUUGCUAUCAAGAUGUUCACUAUCAGAUAUUUAUUAUACUGCAGCAAUUUAUAUUUUUAAUCAUUGCCCAUUAAUAGACACAGUAAAAUAUUUUUGAAUCAGACAUUUGGGGUUUGUAUGUGCAUUAAAAUUGUCUUUUGUACUGUAAGUUACUGUUAAUUUGAAUAUUCUAUCGGAACUGUCUCCCUGUGCCUUUAUAAUAUAAAGUUGUUUCUACAACUUUUAAUGAUCUUAAUAAAGAGUACUUUA